GGAUGCGGAACGCGAGGCCCUGGUUGCAUAUUUGAAUUAUUUUUCGAGGCAGAAAUUGUCCACAUUUGUCGAGAUCAUUUGACCUUUCUUCCCCGUGGUUUUGUAAAUACUUUCGAGCCCUGUGGUUACGAAGGAGUGGCUCACAGUUUGAAGUAGCUGAACUGAAGCUUUGUCGUUGCCUCGGUGCUUGUGCUCUCGCGGUUAUUGUAGGGCCCUUGCUUGCUUUUUAGCGUUCCGGAGUAAGUUUUUAACAUUUGUUUUAGUCUCGUGGUGCAGCUGUCAAGAGACUGAGAUCGCAAGGUGUCCUUUUCCCACUUCACUCAGUCGGGACUCGCGAUAGUUGGCUUUUUAAUGAGGAUUGUAGUCGGGGAGGUUGCCGAAGAGUUUGCGGUCCACCGGUUUGAAGUCGGAGGGAGGGGUGGUGGAAUAUUGGAGCGGUGUUGUCUUGCGUGGCAAGGUGGUGUUGAAACAGAGCAGAUCGAUUGUGUUCGACAGGGGAGAAAGAUCUAAGUUGUGUUUUUUCGUGAAAGGUUAGUCAUGAGUCGAUUAUGUUGUUGCUUCGGACGGAGCAAAGUUAAUGAUGGAGCUGAAAACGUGACGAAAUCUAGUAGUACCAAUGGUACGAAGGAGGGGAAACUGAAAGAAGAUGCGAAGAGGGAGAAGCAAAAUCAAAGUUUGGUUUUAGUAGAGUAUUUCACUUCACAAGGGUGCAAGUCAUGUCCAUCGGCGGAUCUGGAAUUUGCGAAGCUCGGGCAAGGGCUAGCUCAAGAUGCAACCGGAGGCGUUCCUAUUAUAGCUCUAGCCUAUCAUGUUGAUUAUUGGAAUCAUCUUGGCUGGCGAGAUCCAUUUUCCAGUGCUUCUUGGACUUUGAGGCAGAAAGCAUACGGGGAGAAGAUGCAACAAGAUUCUAUCUCCACCCCUGGAAUUAUCGUUCAAGGGUGUGCGCACGCUGAAGGUGAUAAAAUGGAAAGUGUCACGGGCUUGAUAAAAGCUGCACAGAGGUUUCCGGGUCCUGAUGUACUGGAAGCCAGUUAUGAACUCCCAUUUCGAUCAACAUUGCGAGUUUCUCUUACUUUGGCUUACAAGAAGCGCGUAGAAAAGCAAGCGUUGGAUGUUAUGGUAGCCAUUUAUCAAAAUGGACAGGUUACUGAAUGUUCAGCAGGAGGCAAUAGAGGGAAAUUUCUUUCAAACGAGUUUGUGGUAAGAGGCUUGGAGAAGGCUUGUUCGCUUCAUGAUUGGCCAGCGAAGAAGGCUAUUACUGGACAAGUUCAAUUCGGGCUGUGGGACGGUUUCAUUCGGGCCAAGUGUGGCCUUGUUGUAUUUCUUCAGGAUCCAAGUACGUUGGAGAUACGGGGUGCUGAGCGUGUGGAACUACCUGAAUCUAUUGACAGCAUGGAGCCGAAGGAAGAAGGUGAAGAAAGCUUCUCCGAUGCCUUGUUCACAUAAAACACUUGUGAUGCGGCAGCAUUUACUUGUUCAUUCACAAGGGCAAUGCCAAGCACCUCAAUCAGAUACGACCAGAGUCAAAGAUGAGUUGCAGUUUCGAGAGCUCACGAAUGUCGCGGAGUUGAAGACAACCCUCCUGUUGAGUAUUUUUCUUUUAUGGUCGAUGGAGAGCACAUUCCAUAUCUUGAGAGACCGUAACGCAGAAUUGUUUGGAGAAGUUACAUGCUGCUGGGAACUGGACAAAAACAAGUUGGGGAGUGCCGAGUGCUCCCUGGUCGAGUUGCUUUGCGACGUAAGCAGUCAUUUUUGCCACGCAUGUGUUUAGACAUGCGUGGGAAUGACUUUGCUAGAAUCAGCUUCAGGUAUUAACUGGACAGUUUUUUAAAAGUUUUCUUGGUUGAAUCGAAAUAAUUUUGCAUUGAUGUAUAGUGACAUUUUCUAGGAUUCAAUGCGGAUACCAUGGUUUCUUGGCGACAUAUCUUCGUCGGCAAAUAGCACUUUGUGUGAUAAAAUUUCACUUGAUUAUGAACCACGUUAUAUUUGUAUUCCACUUCAAAUCUUUUCCCAAAAUAUAAAACGUACAUAAGGCGGUAACGCUGA